GUCUCCAAGCUCGUUUCUAUGAACCUCCUUUAAACAUGGCGCCAGUAUUUAGCUGCGCUGCCGUCGAUGUGGACGGUAAAAUGAUGUAUUAUUGCAUACACUAGCGGAUAGUUUUUACCGAAUAAUGUACAUAUUGUUUGUAUUUAUUGAUUUUUAUUUUCCUGGACUGUGCACCCGGCUUCACUGACAGCAGCAUCAGUUUCUACUGGCUGGGACAUUCUUCGAAAUCUCACCUGCUCGUUAUGACCAAAACUCCUCUGGUAAUGAGCAUCCGGAACACCAACGCUUAUUAACGAUAUCUACAGUGCAGUGUAUGACUGAAGGUGUGCGUUACCGAAGGCAAGAGGAUUAUGCGUAACUCGCACAUUUACUUUUACUCACAAGCAUGUCCAACGAGAUCGCAACUCAAGCAAGACAUGCGGUUGAAGAUAAUCGACUAAAUAUGAAUGAAAGAAAUGUUUCGUUUUCCACUGAAGAAAAGGAGAGAGAGAGGCUUCCUCCAAUUCUCAAUCAGACACCAUCUGGUUUAGACCGUGGAGCGAAGCAGCAUUUCCCCUCCUUCAGCAGUUAUAUCUCCUCCGUGAACCCAAAACGAGCAUCAGAGGGACAGGGCUUCUCCACACAGUGUCUUCUGCCAGCUGUAAGGCACGUGAGGGACCUGCCCCCCAUCUGCGCUGACGCCCGGCAGAAGCAGCGUAUCUCCAUCCACACUAUCCCCCCCGAGAUGAAGGCCCCUUUCCCCAGUGACCCCAUCAUCCCCCUGCGCACCAAAACCGCCAAAGAGUUCCAGGAGGAUAUUGAAAAGGCAACAGCUUCAGGUCAUUGGAAACCCGUCCAUGAUUUCUACCUGACCACGUUUGAUUCCUUUCUGGAGUUGAAUGCCGCCUUCAAGAAAGAAGCCAAUGCCCCUUUCAACACAAUUGAGGAUUCAGGAAUAAACACCAGAUUUGUUAACACUGUCUUUGAUGCCUUACCCUAUACACCUCCAGACAUCCAGAAAUCAGUGCUGAGGGGAAUCAUUAACAGUUUACUAAGGGAGUGGAAAGGACCUCGGACCAAAGAUGACCUGAGGGCAUAUUUUGUACUUGUUCAGAACCCGCAGUAUACCAGUACAGCCACUUACGUGAUCUACGCACACUUGCUGAGGCAAAUCGCAGCGCUAGCUGAAGCAGACCACCAUUUCCUGGUGCACUGGUUUAAAAAACUGUCUCAGCGGAGGUUCAGACAGCUGGUGGAGCGUCUGCUGCAGUUCAUCUCCACGCGUCUGUUCCCUGCCAGGCCCGAGGAGUUGCCCCCCAUGGCCAAGUGCUCCUGGUGGAUCCCCUCUGCCACCCGAGUCCUCGCCCUCCUCAACGCAGCCAACAGCCUCUCUACCCCUCCCAUCAUCUCCUUCACUGAGCUGUACAACCACACCCUGGACCACAUCGACAUAAUGGAGGACUAUCGCACCUGGCAGACGCAUGGGAAUUCAAACAGGUUCUCUUUCUGCCAGUUCCCCUUCAUCCUGUCGGCGGCGGUGAAGAAGACUGUCAUCCAGAGGGACUCGGAGCAGCAGAUGAUCAGCAUGGCCAGGCAAAGCCUGGUGGACAAAGUGUCACGCCGCCAAAGGGUGGACAUGAGCCUCCUCUUCCUCAACAUCAGAGUCCGGCGGCCGCAGCUGCUCGCCGACUCACUGGAUGAGCUCACAAGAAAGCGAGUGGACUUAAAAAAGAAGCUGAAAGUGACAUUUGUGGGAGAAGCUGGUUUAGACAUGGGCGGCCUCACAAAGGAGUGGUUUCUUCUCCUAAUUCGACAGAUUUUUCACACCGACUAUGGCAUGUUUACAUACUUGAAGGAUUCCCACUGCCAUUGGUUCAGCAGCUGGAAGUGUGACAACUACUCUGAGUUCCGAUUGGUUGGAACCCUCAUGGGCCUGGCCGUGUACAACAGCAUCACGCUGGACAUCCGCUUCCCUCCCUGCUGCUACAAGAAGCUGCUGUCUCCGCCCAUUGUGCCAUGUGACCAAAACACUCCCGUCGGCAUGGCGACCCUCACCCUGGAUGACCUGAAGCAAACCAUGCCAGAUCUUGCUCGUGGGCUGGCAGAACUUCUCAGCUAUGAGGGAAAUGUGGAAGAAGACUUUUAUUUAACUUUCCAGGUUUCCCAGGAAGAACUUGGGACUAUCAAGUCCUACAACCUCAAGCCGGGAGGAGAUAAGAUCCCGGUCACCAAGCAGAACAGAAAGGAAUACAUCCAGCUGUAUGUGGACUUCCUGCUGAAUAAAUCCAUUUACAAGCAGUUUGCCGCAUUCUACUAUGGAUUUCACAGUGUUUGCGCUUCAAAUGCACUAAUGCUGUUGCGGCCGGAGGAGGUGGAGAUCCUGGUUUGUGGAAACCCCGAGCUGGACAUGGCAGCCCUGCAGAAGGCUGCUCAGUACGAGGGCUACAGCAGAACUGACCCCACCAUCCGCUGUUUCUGGGAUGUGGUUCUGGCCUUCCCCCUGGAGAUGCAGAAGAAGCUUCUCCAUUUCACCACUGGGAGUGACCGGGUUCCUGUGGGAGGGAUGGCCGACCUCAACUUCAAAAUUGCCAAGAUUGAUGUCUCUACCGAAUGGUUACCCGUGUCUCACACAUGUUUCAACCAGAUAUGCCUUCCACCAUACAAAAGCAAGAAGGAGCUGAAGCAGAAGUUAACCAUCGCUAUUUCAAAUUCGGAAGGAUUUGGUCUAGAAUGAGCAGGCUGUGGGGUUUUUAUCGGUAGUGUAAUAAUAGAUCCCCCCUGUUUGUUGUCGUACAGAUUUGUGUCUUAUUGUAGUAUUAUUGAAGGCUACUUUGGGUGCAGACUGUAGCUGUGUUUUAAGGUGUUGAUAAAUAUGUCUGUGUAUCUUGUGAAGGUUGCCCAAUUGUCACAAAUUGAUUUGAGACGUGUGGCGUUGCUGUCUUCCAUCCCUUAAGUCAGCAAACCCUAGAAUUUAAUUCUGCUGUUCUGCAACAAAAAAAGUGUUGCACUGGGGCAGAAGUGUAUAAUUUAGCUAUUACACGGAUUCUGACAGUUUUAUGUUUAGAUAAGUGUGAGGUAUUUCCAGCAAAUCAGUAAGUUAUAGCACCGUAUUGUGGCUUCUUUUCUCUUUCCUUGCUGUUGAAAGUAAUAUGGGUAGGUCCAGCAGCCCUGGAUCUAGGUCAAACUGGUUUGGAUCAAUGAUUAUAUAACUUAGCAUGCAAUAUGUCAGAGAGACUGUCAAAAAGUGCAAAUGGUUAAAAUGUUUGCACCCUACUGUCUUGAAACAAGCAGUUGUGCUACGUGUCUGACGAGAUUUCUCGCCAACCUUGAGAACAAAGUCAUAAAUUAUCCUAACUGAUGCUUCAGUCUGGCUUCUGGUGUAGUCAGAAUAAGAAAUUAGACAAACAGCUUAUGCUGAGAUUUGAAAACUGUAUUUAUGGAACAUUGUCUCAUUUCUUAAUUGUCGUUCCUAAACUUUGUGUGUCAGUCUUGUUGUUCUAGCUUUGGUUUUUUCUGGACAGAUGUUUAUGAGGCAUUAAUUUAAUGUGUGAAUUCUUUCAUUACAGUCAAAUAGAAUGGUUAUCGGUGGUUCAAUGAUGCAAUACAUUUGCCUGCGUUCAGUGACUUGACCUGACCCCUUUCUGUUUCCUCACCAUGCCGAAACAUCAGUAUUUAAAUGUACAUUUAAAACAUCCAGUUCAAAUGUAAACACAGGAAGUGCGCUGAAACUAAUCAGAGUGCGCAUACCAGCAGCUGGAUAUUUUUGCUUCUUGAAUUGCUGAUUCACUCUUGCAAAACACAAGUGUUGCACGUUUUUGUCAUGAAAGAUUCUUGCCUUUCAAAAGGAGUACAGGUUUGACAGGAAUUCAAAAAUUAAUUUUGGGUCCUGCACAAUUAUAUUGUAUGGAACACAUUUCAUCCAGGACGCUCAAUAAUGUUGUUCUGAAUGAGUUUGGCAAGCACUAUAAUUUAAGGGCCGGGCUGGUGACUGGUAGCACUCCAGCAUUGUCUUGUAGUGUCUGUAAGUGAGGGAAUGCAAAUGGAAUGUCUUUAUUUAUUUUAAUUAAACAUGCUUUCAUCCCCA